AUGUCCUCGACUCCACCUUCCCCAAAGGCAGACGAGGACCCCUCUUCCUCUCAGCGGAAUGUCACCGACCCCGCCGACUGCACCCAAGCUGACGAGCCAAAAAUGCCCGAACCAUUGGAACGACAAGACCUCUACCACUACACGUUUCCUCGUGAUGUUGUACCUCCUCUGAUGGCUGCUGUUGUCCUUGGUACAAAGCCCCCCCUCUAUUUCCUUGGUUGGAGAUACAAAUAUCGAGAGUUCCGCAAGCGCUUCGACAAUGGGCACUAUGAAGACCCUUCCAUAAUAUUUCGCCAGAAGAUCCUACCUCGUUUUGCGGAGCAGAGCCCGGAGUUUGAGAAUGCCAGGCCGAGGUCGCGUCCCAUGAUUUGGGUUGACCGCAAUGUUGGCCACUGCACUGUGAUCGCGGGGACGAAUGCAUUCGAGAGUGCCCAAAACCUCGCGCGAAACGACAAAUUCGUAGAAGCUGUCAAGAAGGUCCUCAACGAGGACCGUGAGCCCGUGUGGUAUCGGCACCCACCCAAGGAGGCGUUCGAGUGA